UUUUUUGCGCUUUGCUGAAGAGAGGAAAGUGGCGGGUCGUCCCGUCUAUAUGACGACAUAAAAUAUUAAAAUUAUCUUUCUCGAAUAUCGAAACAUCGUGUGUCAAUCAUGAGGAUGAUUCAAAUCUACAUUCCGUUGCAGUUUUCAUAAGUGAAGCUCAACAGAACCUUACAAAAGGUUGCAAUAUAUAAUUUAACGUUGGACUUCUGUUGAGUCUCUUGGCCGCGCUGCUCGGUAAUGCUUCUACUGAGUCACACCGGAACAUCGCUUCUUAUAAUUAUUACACUUUUCUUUCCCCUCCAUUAUCUGCCCCUCAUUCCGCCAAUAUGGCAACAGAUUACUCCAAACCUCCACUGGACCUGAAAUGGCGAUCCCAUACCCUCUUCAUCAUAUCCACAGUCGCACUAGGUCUUUUCACAGAUCUCUUCCUCUACGGCCUUGUCGUUCCGAUCCUUCCAUUCAUCCUCUCUGACCGCCUCCAUGUCCCUCAUUCAGAGAUCCAGACGUACACUUCGAUUUUGCUCGCGUGCUUUGCUGCAUCAUCUGUCUUAUUCUCCCUUCCAAUUGGGAUCAUUGCCGACAGAUUGUCAACUCGUCAAUUACCUUUUCUUGUGGGAUUAUUCGCCUUGCUCGCCAGCACUAUCCUACUUUACCUGGGUCAAAGCAUUGCAAUCCUGAUUCUAGCUAGAAUUCUGCAAGGAAUGAGUGCAGCGGUAGUAUGGACGAUAGGACUAGCAAUGGUUAUGGAUACAGUGGGAAGUGAAAAGUUGGGAGUGACGAUUGGAAGUAUCUCAGGAAUCAUCAGUGUCGGUGAAUUGGUUGCUCCAGUUCUCGGUGGUGUGGUCUACAAGAAAGCAGGCAGCGGAGCAGUUUUUGGAAUGGGUUUUGGACUCCUCGCUAUCGAUUUUGUUAUGCGUUUAGCGAUCAUUGAAAAGAAGGCUGCGAAAAAGUAUGGGUGCGAUGAACAGGAAGGAGAGGAGCGGGACGAAGAAGCAGAUGAGUCAACGGCUCUUCUCUCGAAUGGUUUAACAAAAAAUGAAAACCUCGAGGAAUGGAAGAUUGGGAAAGAUCAACCAUUUUGGAUUCGAAAGUUGCCAAUUCUGUAUUGUCUCGGAAACAAGCGUCUGCUCACGGCACAACUCGUGGCUUUCAUUCAAGCGACCCUCCUUGGAACCUUCGAUGCCACAAUUCCAACCGAAGCCCAGGAUCUGUGGGACUUUGAUUCUUUGAAAGCAGGGCUAUUGUUUGUUCCUCAGGUCCUUCCAUAUCUACUUCUAGGUCCGAUAUGCGGCAAAGGUGUGGACAAGUACGGAGCAAGACUUGCUGCUGGGAUUGGACUCGCAUACAUCACCAUACCGCUCAUUCUCUUACGAAUACCUCAACCAGGCGGCACUGCCGAAAUCGUCAAGUACUGUGUCCUCCUCGCUCUUACUGGACUGGGUUUGGCAUUGAUUUCAGCACCAAGUAUCGUCGAAGCCAGCUACGUGAUCGAGCAGUAUCAUAAAGCCAACAAGGACUUCUUUGGCGAAAACGGCCCUUAUGCACAGCUAUAUGCUAUCAACUCUAUGUGUUUUAGCCUUGGUUUGACCUUUGGUCCACUUUUGGCUGGGUCUCUGAGAGAUAGCAUUGGAUAUGGAAACAUGAAUGCUGUGAUUGCUGGGCUGUGUGCAGUUGUCAGUGUAUUGAGUUUUAUGUUUUUGGGGAAGAUACCCAAGGUAGUCGAGAGCUGAAUGAUGAUCGGGAAAGGCGAUCAUACUCUGGUUUGAGAGUUCGGCUCGAAGAGGGAGUUUACUUUGGGAGCCUUGACUUUGGGUAGACUAGGAAGAUCAAUUCAACCUGACAUCCUUUGUUUGGGAUGCUUAUGAUUGAAUGUUGUUAAUCCUCGGUUCAAGUCAGAUUGAAAGAUAUUCUCGAGACCGUUCGAGAGACAAACCAGGCUGUUAAUCAUUGGAAGGACCGACUCGCUUCGCAGCUGUCGCCUAUGCUCUCUCC